AUAUUUUGUAAACUUUGUAGGUCGGUAACCUUUAAACAAGGUCCUUCUUGAACAAUUCGUUAACUUCUGGCCUUCUUCCGAAAAAUAAGCGGUAUCCUUGUUUCUGGCUAAGUGUGUCAACAAUGUCAGCCGUGGGGCCGGGCGGACUUAAUAGUUUUUAAGUUAAGUAGUUCUCGUGCCUUUGUUUCUAAUGUGCUUAUGUUAAGAGCCUGACAACUCUUUGAAAGAUCGUUGGGUUCAGAUCUAACGAGGGAAGGUCAGGAAACAGCAAGGGACAAGUUUGAUGCCAAAAAAUCCUUCAAGUGAAUCAAAUUGAGAUGAAGAUUACAAUAUUAUUUGACCAGUGAGUGGCACUCUUAAUUGGACGAAAGCGGAAUCAUUCGUAAGGAACAGACCCUUAACAGUGUUGAACAUUGGUUGCGAAAUUACUUCGAUUGAUAUGUAGAAAUGGGGGUGACAGAUUCAAAAGAGAGACAAGCGGACUCUGAGGGAAACUCGACAUCGAGAGAUAGUGAAAUACAACCCACACUUCUUCCUCUGGACAGACUUGUUCGAGUUCAUUUAGCACCAAAGUUUUACACUUCGGAAGAGAGAGGCUUUACAAGAAGCUACUGUUUGCUAGUCACUUUACAAAGAGAGGUGAAUGCAUACAAAGCUAGUGUCCAACAUGAACGAGAUCUAACGGCAAAUGUUGAGUUUCACGAGAGAAGACGAAGUCUCCGAGAGGGUUCUCUGUUUUUCGGUCGCGAAGCGCUGUCUCUAAGACGAGCGAACUCAGUUACUAUAAACUCCAUAAACGGAUCGGAUAUCGAAGUGAAGCAAGUCACUGUGGAAGAAAAUGAUUCUCUCAGAAUUGUGGGUGUUUUCAAGAAGGAUUUGAGAAGCACCGUUGACUUAGAAAGCUGCGAUACAUUUGACCUCAUACUAUGUCCAAGCAGUAGAAUAAGGAGUGACUGCUCCGACUGGUUUCUGUUGGGGACAAUGUAUACAAAACGCGCAAACUCUAAACAUGCAAGACAUUGGCGAGCCGCAGUGAGGGCUGAUUACACCUGACCGGUUGCCAGAUAAAUAAUCUAUUUGCAAUAUGAUACUAAUUCUAUCAACUCAGAAAUUAUCUUCAUUUUCUGGGUAAGUGCCAUUCAAAGGUCUGCUCACUCUUAAAAACAAACAUGACCUCUUUAAUUCAAGUCUAGUUUAGUUCGCAAUUUAUUACCAAAUGAUACAUUCCAAUUGAUACAAAUGAUACAUUGCAAUUUUGAGAUUACGUACCAAGUUCAUUCUUUUUUCCGUGAUCGAAAAAAUUCCAUGGGAGACUUCGACAAAUCGAGGGUAUACGACCACAAAAUUAAAACAACGGUUUUAAGGUAAAUAUGAGUAAAAUAUCGAAAAAUUAACCAUUCAUUCGCAUGAGUCGUUCAAAAGAAUACCUUUCAGUUUUCCAAAAUAUUCAGAAAAUUUUGCAUUAAAUGUCCACUGAUUGUUUUCGAAUGUGCCAAACACAAUCUAUGUUUUCUUAUUAAUCCUCUUAAAAGUUGUACCCGAGAUAGUUAGAAUUUUAAUGCAUAUCGUUUUCAAAAUAGUAAUGUUACCAGAAAAAUCCUCAUAUCAUUAGAGUGUGCUAACUCUUUUAAUUACUAAUUCAUUAAAGCAAUCUGUUUGUUCGAGGACAAACAAAAAUUCUAAAGAAUGCCUUUAACCUCGACUCGAGACAAUAUAAACAAUUUUUUUCUGAACAAAACAAAGCCGUGGAACUUACUUGCCAUCUGAUAAUCCAGGCUGAUUUUCUGUUGUAAGGAGGGAAACGAAUAUGUUACAAGAUCUCAGAUAGGAUAAUUUUAAAGUAAGCUUUUCUUUAGUUUUAAGCAUAAAACGACAGAAGUGAAAAAAUAAAUUUAUUGAUAAGUUAUACGCAAACGCAGAAAUAAAGUAACAAUGCCCUAA